AUGCCUUCUUACAUGGAGAUCUCCAUGAAGAAGUUUAUAUGCACAUGCCAGCUAGUUUAUAUAUCAAAUCCACACAACCAAGUUUGCAGACUUAAAAAGUCUCUUUAUGGCCUUAAACAGGCUAGCAAGCAAUGGUUUGAAAAGCAUCAUUCAACUUUGAUUUCUCAAAAUUUUGUUCAAUCCAACAAUGAUUACUCAUUGUUCUUGAAGAAAGAAGAUGAUGAACUUACUAUCCUAGCUGUCUAUGUUGAUGAUAUGAUCAUCACUAGGACUAAUUUGUCUACCAUUAACUCCAUCAAAGCUUAUCAGGAUCAAACCUUCAGCCUUAAGGAUCUAGUAAAAUUGAACUAUUUCCUAGGUGUUGAAGUUACUACUAUAGCAGCAAGCUUCAUUAUUUCUCAACAUAAGUUCACUAAAGAACGUAUCGAAGACAAUGGUCUUACCUUUACUAAAAAGACAUCUACUCCUCUUCCAACUCAUGUGAAGCUAUUGGUUGAUGAAGGUGGUAUUUAUCAUGAUCCGCCAACUUAUAGAAGCCUAGCUACUGAUCAACUUACUCUACAAGCAUAUAAUGAUUCAGAUUGGGCUGCUUGUCCCAAUAUAAGAAAGUUUGUGACUGGAUACGUGCUUCUUCUUGGUGCAUCACCAAUCAGUAUGGAGUCUAAUAAGCAAGGCACUACUUCUAAAUCAUCAUUUGAAGCUGAAUAUCGAGCCAUGGCACAAGUUGCCUGUGAAGUUUGUUGGCUUGUUAGAUUGCUUCAAGAAUGGGGUAUAUCAACUCUUACACUUAUCACUCUUCAUAAUAACAAUAUGUCAGCUCUACACAUUGUAAGGGAUCUUUUUAUCCGUGGCUUGAUUGAGCUUCCUUGGGCACGAUUGGAGCUUCAUCCUUUGGAAGACAUGGCUUAG